AUUUGCCGUUCUCCGCGCUUACUUUCUCUGAGGCCGCCCAAUAAUGGCUGCCGCCACCCCAAAAGCCGUGAGUUUGAAGCUGCUCAUCGACACGAAGGCCCAAAGAGUCGUUUUUGCGGAAGCAGAAAAACCGUUCGUGGAUUUCUUGUUCUACCUCAUGUCCUUGCCUCUGGGCACCGUCAUCAAACUCAUAUCACAGGAAUCCAUGGUGGGGGCACUCGGAAACGUCUACGGCAGUAUCGCUGGACUGAGCGACACCUACUUGCAGCCAGGCACGAAUAAGGAUUCCUUCUUGAACCCUAAAGUGCCGUUUCUCUCUCCUGAUGUUCCACUCCUCAUGCCGGCCGACUACGGUGGCGCUAACUCAACGGAGACCAAGAAGCUUUAUGUUUGCAGUGUGGUCAGCGGCAGUAAUGUUGUUUGUCGGAACCGCAAUACUAUAUAUUACUCCGAUGAAGGGAAUACUAAUUGUCCCGGGUGCAAUCGCGCUAUGAGCACCGUGGCGAUUUACGUCUCUCCGGUAAAGAAGGUGGGGUCGGUGUCUUAUUCUGGGGACGAAGGCGGUGGGUUUGUGAGAGGGGUUGUGAGUUAUAUGGUGAUGGAUGACUUGAAGGUGAUGCCUCAGUCUACCAUCACUGCGAUAACCACACUCAAUGAAAACAACGUUAAAGACUUUGGGUCUCUUGAGGUCAAGGUUGUUCACUUGGAAGCUGAUGUGGGACUGAAGUUGCUGAAGGCAUCAUUACAGACUGAAUCUGUUCUCACAACCGUCUUCCUUGGGAAUUGAAGUAGGUGCGGUAGCCGGUACAUAUUGAAUGAAACAUCAUUUCGUGAAUGAUCUGGGCUUGAAUGGUUGUAUAUUGAAGUUUGAUUGUUAUUAAUAUUUCAAUCAGAUCGUUGUAUGACUUGUAGCAUGUGCAAUUGUAGAGUGCAUGCUAUGCACUGUAGGUAUAUUAUCCUCUAGUUCUUGAGAGUCUUAGAACCAAAUAUGCAAGGGAUCCUUAUACGUGCCAAAAUUGGCAGUGAAUUUUCCGCCCUAUAAAUUCUGUGCCUAACGCCAUGCCA